AUGUUGCGUGCUGCUCGUCCAACUGUUAAAAGACAAGCUUUGUCAUUAGCUAGAAACUUAUCUCACAAAGAAUUGAAAUUCGGUGUUGAAGGUAGAGCUGCCUUAUUAAAAGGUGUUGAAACCUUAGCCGAUGCUGUUUCUGUUACUUUAGGUCCAAAAGGUAGAAAUGUCUUAAUUGAACAAGAUUUCGGUUCUCCAAAAAUCACUAAAGAUGGUGUUACUGUCGCUAGAUCAAUUACUUUAAAAGAUAAAUUUGAAAAUAUGGGUGCUAAAUUAUUACAAGAAGUUGCCUCUAAAACUAAUGAAAGUGCUGGUGACGGUACCACUUCUGCUACUGUCUUAGGUAGAGCCAUCUUCACUGAAUCAGUUAAAAACGUUGCUGCUGGUUGUAACCCAAUGGAUUUAAGAAGAGGUACUCAAGCUGCUGUUGAAGCUGUUGUUGAUUUCUUACAAAAAAACAAGAAAGAAAUCACCACUUCUGAAGAAAUUGCUCAAGUCGCUACCAUCUCUGCUAAUGGUGAUGCUCAUAUUGGUAAAUUAUUAGCUUCUGCUAUGGAAAAAGUUGGUAAAGAAGGUGUUAUCACUGUUAAAGAAGGUAAAACUUUAGAAGAUGAAUUAGAAGUUACUGAAGGUAUGAGAUUCGAUAGAGGUUAUAUCUCACCAUACUUUGUUACCAACAGAAAAUCAGGUAAAACUGAAUUAGAAAGACCAUUAAUCUUAUUAAGUGACAAAAAAGUUUCAGCUAUUAAUGAUAUUUUACCAGCUUUUGAAAUUGCUGUUAAAAGUAGAAGACCAUUGUUAAUCAUUGCUGAUGAUAUUGAUGGUGAAGCUUUAGCUGCUUGUAUUUUGAAUCAAAUUAGAGGUCAAGUUACUGUUUGUGCUGUUAAAGCCCCAGGUUUUGGUGACAACAAAAAGAACACCUUAGGUGAUAUUGCCAUCUUAACCGGUGGUACCGUUUUCAAUGAAGAACUUGAUUUGAAAUUAGAAAACACUACUCCAGAAUUAUUAGGUUCAGCUGCUUCUGUUACCAUUACUAAAGAAGAUACCGUCAUCUUAAACGGUGAAGGUUUAAAAGAAAACAUUUUGGAUAGAAUUGAUCAAAUUAAAAGUUCUGUUGCUGAUGAUCAAACUUCAUCAUAUGAAAAAGAAAAAUUACAAGAAAGAUUAGCUAAAUUAUCUGGUGGUGUUGCCGUUGUUAAAGUUGGUGGUGCUUCAGAAGUUGAAGUUGGUGAAAAGAAAGAUCGUUAUGAUGAUGCUCUAAAUGCUACCAGAGCUGCUGUUGAAGAAGGUAUUUUACCAGGUGGUGGUACUGCUUUAUUAAAAGCUUCAAGAAUCUUAAAAGAUGUUAAAACUGAAAACUUUGAUCAAAGAUUAGGUGUUGAUAUUAUUAGAAAAGCAAUCACUAAACCAGCUAGAAAAAUCAUUGAAAAUGCUGGUGAAGAAGGUUCAGUUAUUGUUGGUAAAAUCAUUGAUGAUUUUGGUGAAGAUUUCAACAAAGGUUAUGAUUCAUCAAAAGGUGAAUACACUGAUAUGAUCUCAACUGGUAUCAUUGAUCCAUUAAAAGUUGUCCGUAGUGGUUUAGUUGAUGCUUCAGGUGUUGCUUCAUUAUUAGCUACCACUGAAGUUGCUAUUGUUGAUAUUCCAGAUGCUGCUCCAGCUGCUCCAGCUGCAGGUGCCGGUGGUAUGCCAGGUAUGUUCUAA